UAACUUCCUCUUCUUUGUGUCAUGAGGCUCAUGGUCUAGGCUGCUUCCUCUUUUGCUUUAUAUCAUCACUGACAACGUUGUUUAUGCUUUCCCAGCACAUGUUGAGGAGAGAGUUGUUGUAAUAAGGGCUCCAGCUUGCUCAAGGAUUUUAAAAAUGUCUUCAGUCAUGGAUGGAGAGGUGCUGUCAUUGUCGUCUUUUUCAUCGUUGCCAACCUCAUCAGCAACGGCAGGAACUCGGCGAGAUGCUUCGGCCAAGCACACCAGCAGUCUUCCUCACGGCCCUGGAGAUCACAUCUCUACAAAGGAAUUAUGGUCAGAAAAUGAAAGUCCAUUGGGUGACAGACUGCUGUCCACAGAUGAGCAGGUCACUCUGAUCACAGAGAGUUUCACAGUCACCUCCACUGACCAGGAGAAACUGUUGCUGCUUAACAAGAACACCGAGCUCCGCAGAGUGAACAAAGAGCUGAUGAAGCUUAACGAGGACUGGGACCAGGUAUACCGGAGCGCCACACUGGGUCUGCAGAGCAGACUAGAGGCUCUGGAGCUGGAAAACAAUGCAAUUAAACAGCUUAAUAGCCAACUGCUUCUCAAAGUUGAACAACAACAGAGUGCGAAGGAGUAUUAUGAACAGGCUCUGAUGACAGAGCUGAAGAAAAACCAGGAGUUGCAAGAGUAUGUCAGGUUGCUGGAAAACAGGAUUCACCACCCAGAAAAAGAUAUCUCCUCCGUUAACCAGGCAACUUUUAGUGCUGGAUCAUUUCCCACCAGCGGUCAUAUUUCCAGAUACAGCCCCUCGUCCUCCUCUUUCCUAGCGUCUCCCAUUUCAGAGGCAGUAUACAAGGAUAAAAAUCCUGCCAGUACCACACUGGGAACACGGGGAAGCUCAAAGCAGGAGGUUAAAGAUUUAAAGGAGCAACUGGAAGCUCUAAGAUGUCAGACUGAAAUUUACGAGGCAGAUUAUCAGACAGAGCACAAUGACCACAAGCACACUCUGCAGGAAAACCGGAAGUUAAGGAAGAAGAGGGAGGAGAUGCGCCAACAGGUGGCACUACUGCAGGAACAGCUCAAGAUUUACGAGGAUGACUUCAGGAGGGAGCGGUCUGACAAACAGAUGCUGCAGCGACUGUUGUCACAGAAAACGUCACAAAACAAGGACGCUGUACUUGUCCACCGCUGCAAUAAUGGGCAGCAGCUGCUGGGGGGAGAACAGAGGGCACAAAGUGAGGAGAAAAGAAAGCAGCACCACCCACUCUGCCCCAAGCACUCCAGCAGAGACAAUGAAUCAAGCUGAAAGACCAACAUAUGAUAUAACUAGCGGCUUGUCAAUGAAGACUGACUGAUUGGUGUCCUAACCCAUGGUUAUUUUAAGCUAAAUAGACAAGAAACAUGACUUUUAUAAAAACAUAAAUCUGAGUUUGUACUGACUUUCUUAGACAAACAGCUUUUAAAUUAAUUUAACACAUUUAUCUAUUUUUCUUAAAUAUAUAUUUGUCAUUUAAACAUGCCUAUUAACUCCCUCUAACUUUCUGAUUAAGUCAUCAGAAUAAUUCUAUAAGAGAAUUUUC